AUGGGGGGGCACAGAGCAGCUCGGGCCAAGGAGCGGUACCCCUGGGCGCGCUACCGCUGGCUGGACUCCCUCCUGGGCCUGCCCUCCCGGCGCCAGCGCCUCUUCCUCGCGCACCGCCUGGCCACGAGCCCGCUGUGCAACGCGCUGGGGGGGGGGGUGUUCCUGGGCACGCCCUUCUACGUCAAGACCUGGCAGCGCCACGGCGUGCUGCUGCUGCUGGUUACCACCGCCGUGUCUGUGGGGGUGACGUUCGUGGUGAUGCGGGGCUAUGUGCUGCUGUGGCGCCUGCUGGUGCUGGCCAUGGCAGGCGAGCUUUCAAGCACCACCACGCCUAGCUACCUGCCCUUCUCCCUCGCUGCUGCUCUUCUUGUCUUCGCUGUUGUCAGUGUGGCAUUGGAGCUCUGGCGCAGCACUGCAUUGUACAGCGGGAACAUCUACCACGCUCCUGGCUUUGAUUGGUCGCAUGCCAUGUCAGCACUCGUCAUCCACGCCGGCAAAUUAGACGAGGCCAGCCUGGCACUAUCCACCGAGCCUAUCGCCCGAGCCUACAUCGUCCCGCAGCUAGCCUCCAUGCUCAAAACCCCCUUCUGGAAACCCCUUCCCCGCCGCCCAACCACAAACAAAUGCUCCGAUUGGACGCUUUACAUCAGCAACACUGCCCGGAUUCCCCUGUGGAACAUAAUUUUCAUCCUGCCCGCAACAGCAGUAGCACUGCUGUCUCGCCUGCUGGCGCCGUUGAUAAUCUCGGUGGUGCGAAAAGCGGUAGUGACGGUGAGCUUCGGGCUGUCUCCCAAGGAGCUGAGCUUCGCCAGUGUGUUUGUGGACGAGUGCCUGCACCUGGACGAGUGGUCGCCAUCACACCACGUGCAGCAUUGGAACGUGCAGAAACUACUGGCGCUGGCCAAGACGCGAUCGUUGCGGGGGGACGUGAUGGCGGGGUAUGAGGAUGACACGCGUGACAUGGGGAAGGCUGUACUCAGGGAGGGGCUACUUGAAGAGCGGGUGCCUCAAGGGGGCGUAACUGGGAAAGGGAUAGCUGAUGAGGGGUCGAGUGGGGAGGGUAAGGCGGAGGAGAGAAAGGAGCAGGAGGAGGUUGGAGAGAGGGAGGUGAGGGUGACGAGGCAAGGGGAAGGUGAUGGAAGAGUGGGUGUUGAGGGUGCAGGGAGUGCAGGGAUAGACGCAAUACAGACAAGUGUGUCAAGACCACAGCAGGGCAGCUGCAUGCAUACAGCUGAGCGAACGGGGCUCUCUGGUACCCACUUGGGGUUGGGGGAGGCCGUGGAGCCAUUCAGAGCCGCCCAACAACAAAUGGUGGCAGCAGCAGGAGAGAAGGGAGGGCAGGGCAGAGCACCAGGAAGCGUGAGGCCGAGCUUAAGCCUCAUGCAGCAGGCUCUGCGACAGGGGGGGGAGAGAGGGGAGGGCGAUGAGGAAAUGGGUGAAGAAGGGGGUGAAAGCAAGGAAGGGCGAGCGGGGGGGGGCAGCGCUGCAGAGGGAGUUGGACGUGUAGCACGGAAGGGGGGAGUGGGUGAGGCUUUUGUUGAGGGUGCACGUGAAGAGAUGAAAGGAAAGCAGCAGCAGGUGCAGGUAACAGAGGAGAAGGUGGUGAGGCCGAGGCACGAGGGGCAGCUGAAGGCGACAGGAGUGCAGCACGGCAGCGGCAGGCAGCAGCGAGUGCGUGCGAGAGGCAGCAGGGAGGAGGCAGCACGGGUGGCGUAUGAAUUCCUGUGGAAGGACGGCGCGCUGGAGGCAGCAGCGAGAGUGCGUGCGCCAGGUGAAGCAGCUGUGUGUGAUGAUAGAGGAGCGGUUCAGCGAGCUGACUGGCCAAUUUGA